CGGCGGAUCUCAGCAUCCACUUCUCCGGCGUCGCGGCCUCUCCGCUCCUCUCCACGGCGUAUGGAAACCCUUCUCUCACACGCAAAAGGGGACAUCUCAUCACGACUCUUGGUAGCAGGCACUUCUCCGUAGUGGGCACUCCACUCAUCGUGUCGUCGUACGGGUUCUCCGCGAGAGGCUGUGGGGCCUGUGCCCGGGCGGGCGAGCAAGCGAGCGAGCGAACGAGCGCGAGCGCGAGCGCGAGCGGGCGAGCGCUGGUCGAGUGGGUCUAAGCGGCCGUGAGGACCUCUCCAGGAGUACCCGACAGAAGUCCUCUCCAUUCAUUCAUCCAUCCAUCCAGCCAGCCAGCCAGCCAGCCAGCCAAGCCAGCCAGCCAGCCAGCUAGGCAGGCAGCCACCCAGCCAGCCAGCCAGCCAUCCAUCCAUCCAUCCAUCCAUAGAGCGGCUCUUCUCCGUAGGAGAGUGUAUCCUCGACGAAGGUGGAGGCGAAGCGUAGAGUGGUACAUCUACCAUCGUCUCUCUAUCGGCGGAAUCCAAGGACUCCAAGACCCCCGUGUGAUUUCAGUCGGCCGCCGGCCGGCUCUGGCCGGCCACUAUCCUCGACCACGUGUGCAAGGUCGCCGUGUCACCCAGCGUGUCCCUCGUCCGUUUUGGGUUUCCGUGGCGCGAAACGGCAGCGGCGAUUCCGGGAGAGCCAUCCGAGUCGGCCGCCGGCCGACCGCGGCCUCGUGUACUCCGGUUAUGUGUGACGGCUCGCCGUGCGCCACGUGACGUCGCGUCGCCCAAGUCUCUUCAUGCCAGUCCUGCGGCGCGGGGCCGUUUCUCGGGAAGGUAUCCGGAGGACGACGACGGAUAUAUAGGAAAGAAAAUGGAUAAGACGGCCAGCAUCGACGGCGUCGUCAAGUAAAGUAUCGGCGCGGACGGGGCGGGUUGGAGUUCGAUACGGUUCGCUGAGAAAAAACACGGUCGGUGCGCGCAGCAUCUCGCGAAUCCGGAGCGCUACCAGUGAGCUGUAACGUGCCUGUGUGUAGAAAUUUGUUUUCGCGCCGUUGCAAAAGCUAUGCGUGCGUUUAAACGUCAUCACGGAAGGAGAGAAGGGGACGAGCACGGGCACCACAUUGAUUUCGGGGUCGAACGGCCCCGGUGUUGGUGAAAUCCUUUAUUUAAUUGUGCGCCCGUGCUCCGUCGUGCUAAUAAGUGAGCGGCGUGUGACUUGUGGCAUUGUGAGAUUAACUAAUAGUCGUGUGCACUGAUCUUCUCGAGUGAGCGAUCGCGCGACGAGUACUCUCUCUCUCUCUCUCUCGAGGUUCCGCGGUGAUCGAAGAUCGGACAUUCGGAUUUCGGAGUCGAUCGAUCGCGGGGGACGCGCGAGUGGUGGAUGAACUAGACGGUAGGGAAUCGUUAUUUGUCAAACGCUCUGGGACCGUGUCCCCUCAAGCGUGAACGCAUUGCUACACUGGAAUGCAACUUAAUGAUUAACAAAAGCGUGAGGCUGGUGCGGAAAGAAAAUAAAAAAAGAAUAGAAUAGAAUAAAGUAAGAUGAAAUAGAAAAGAGAAGAAGAAAAUAGGGUUAAAAGAAAGAGGAGAGAGCGCGAAGGGACAGAAAGGGAGCAGUAGCGUCAUAAUGCGCCGUUGUUACGGCUAGCGCCGGCCUCAACAUUCCGCGAAGCGCGAGCUUCAAGUACUUCGACGGCGUCGGGCUUGCCGAGAUGAGCGGUGGCAGCGGCGGCGGCGGAAACGGUGGCGGUAAUCAAGGCGGUAAUGGCAGCGCCACGACUUAUCACCAACACCAACAGCAGCAGCAGCAGCAGCAGCAACAACAGCAGCAGCAGCAACAGCAGCAGCAAUCGCUGGACCAGGCCGGCCUACUGUCGGACCUCAAUGGCAUUGACCUGGCGAUGAGCCUGUCGCCGAAGCAGCACUCGUCUCACGUGCAAGCUGCCGGCGGUGCCCACACUACGCCCUUCAGUGUCACUGAUAUCCUGUCGCCGAUCGAGGAGUCCUACCGGAAGCUCGAGCUCGCCGCCGCUGCCGCUGCCGUCGGUGUUGGUGUCGGCGUAGUGACGCAUUCUCAGGGUUCGCCUUACGGGAACGCGUGCGGUGCACGGGUGGGUGGUAACACCGGUAGCUCGAGCGCGAGCAGCGGCAGCCCGCCGCUCCACGGCGGUUCGACGCCCGGCGGCAGCACCCCCGGACCGGUAUCCGUUGCCAACGGGGCCGCCCCCGGUGGCGGUGGUAGUGCCGGCGGUGCCGGCGGAGGCAUGAGUGCCAUGGGUAAUCCUUAUGCAACCAUGCAGCUCACGUCGCAAUACCAAUAUUGCGCCGCGGAAUUGUCGCCGUACCAUCACGCCGGGCCCGGCGUGGGCGCCACGGCCACCGCCACGGACCCCAUGAGGUCGCACGCGGUGUCGUCGCACCAUCAUCCGUGGUACGCACCGGCGCCACCAGCCACCAACGAUCCGCGCUUUGCCAUCUCGCGGCUGAUGGGCGCCGCGGCGGCGGGCGCCGGGACCAACAUGGCCGGCUGCUCGGUGGGCCAGUCGAUGGGCGACAUGACCAAGUCGUCGGGAAUGGGGGUGGGCGUCGGCGUCGGAGUCGGCGUCGGCAUGGGCGUCGGCGCGAUGCAGUUCCCCCUCGCGCAGAGACGGAAGAGACGCGUGCUCUUCACCCAGGCCCAGGUCUACGAGCUCGAGAGGCGAUUCAAGCAGCAAAAGUACCUCAGCGCGCCCGAACGGGAGCAUCUGGCGUCCUUGAUUCAUCUAACGCCCACGCAGGUGAAGAUAUGGUUCCAAAAUCACCGGUAUAAAUGCAAGAGGCAAGCGAAGGAAAAAGCCAUGGCCGAGCAAAACGCCCAAAAUCAGAGUGCGAGUUCGCCGCGGCGGGUGGCGGUGCCGGUGCUGGUGAAGGACGGGAAGCCGUGCGGAAGCGGCGGCGGCGGCGGGAACGAGGGUAGCCGCGGCGGGCCCAGCGCGGCCCUGGCGAGUCCGGCGCCGCACAUGACGGCGGCCUCGAGUCCCCACGGCACCCAUCACGCGGCGGCCUCCUCGGUGUCCCAUCACUCGGUCGUCGCCGGAGUCAGCCACGUGAUGAGCUCGAGCCAGAGCCUGCAGCACUGCUCGUACACGCGGUCCGGCGCGCAGCAGGGCAUGCAGCAGCAGCAGCAGCCGCAGUGCGGCGCGUACCUACCACUGCAGGGUCGAGCCUGGUAG